AUCCAUCCUAUCCUAUCCGGCGGUGUCUGGUUGCUUGCUGUUAGCGGUAGCUGCUGCUGCCGCCGCUGCUUCUUCCCGAAUCCGAUCGAGUUUCUUCUUCUUCUUCGUCAAUUGUUCUCAUGCAAUGCCAAUUGCUAGUUGAUAGAGUGAGAAGAAGUUUCCUGAAUUGAGGUUGAGGUGAGAUCCGCCAUAUUUUGUCGGCGGGUGAGGCGUGUGCUUUGAACGGAGCGGAGCGGAGCUGAGGUGGCCGGGCAAUCGGAUGUAUUCACCUCAACUCCCACUGGCCGUGGCUCGGGGGGCAUCAUCAUCUUAUUCUUCUGGUUCACCUACUGAAGAGAUGGAGCAGCCCGGAAGCUUAUUAGAAGCUUCACUCGUCCAGCUGAUGCACCAUCACCACCGCAUCUCCCUCCACCUCCGGGAUCGUACGGAGAAGGCGAAGAGAGAUGCCACCCGGAGCGCCGCGGUCGUAUCGGACCUGCUGGUGGAUGCCGUCAACGGAGGGGUGCAGGAGGCAUUCGUCAACGAGAAGAGGAUCGAGCUCGAGAUUCGAUCAUUGGCUGUCACUGUUAACCGGUUCAUGAAGCAGACGGAUCAGUGGCUUGCUGCUUCUCAUGCCAUGAACUCCGCCAUUAAGGAAAUCGGAGACUUUGAGAACUGGAUGAAGGUGAUGGAGUACGAUUGCAAGAGCAUUAAUGCAGCCAUCCGCAAUAUCCAUCAAGGCUGAGGACGACAAUGGACGAUGCGACGACCACCACCCUGCAAACUCCAGCAAGCACAAGCAAGGUGCCACUGCUAGCUGCCCCGCUCUGUCAGUGUCUAUACGUAGCAACUUCGUUGCCAUUUUGCUUGUUCGUUAUUUAUGCCUACCUUGCCUUGCGAUAAUAUAUCAAUUGUAUCCAGAAACAUCGAAUGGUAAUGUUUGCAGUGGAAUGGGGUUCUUUCCAUUUGAAAA